AUGCGUCUCUCCAACUUGAUCGCUUCUGCUUCUCUAUUCUCUGCUGCUGCUCUUGCUGCCCCCGCUAACCACGAACACAAGGACAAGCGUGCUGUGGUUACCACCACCGUUCAGCAACAAACCACUAUUGUCGUUAACGGUGCCGCUCCAACGCAAGUUGCUGCUUUGCAGGAAAAUGCUGUUGUCGACUCCGCUCCUGCUGCCGCCACCACUUCAGCUGCAGUUGCUGCUUCUCCAGCUGCUGCUUCUCCAGUUUCCGACGCUGCUGUUUCUUCUGCUGCCGUUGUUGUUUCUUCUGCUGCCGCAACUCCAGCUUCCAGCUCAGCUGCUUCUUCUACCGCUUCUUCCACUGCCUCUUCCAGCCAAGACGUCAGUGGCUUUGCCUCCGGUGUCAAAGGUAUCACAUAUACCCCAUACGAAUCCAGUGGUUCUUGUAAGAGCGCCGACGAGGUCGCUUCCGACCUGGCUCAAUUGACCGACUUCCCAGUCAUCAGAUUGUACGGUACCGACUGUAACCAAGUCGAAAACGUUUACAAGGCCAAGGCUUCCAACCAAAAGCUUUUCCUAGGUGUCUACUACGUUGACCAAAUUCAAGAUGGUAUUGACACCAUCAAGUCGGCUGUUGAAACGUACGGUUCUUGGGACGAUAUCACCACCGUUUCUAUCGGUAACGAAUUGGUCAACGGUAACCAAGCCACCCCAGCUCAAGUCGGUGAAUACAUCGACACCGGUAGAGCCGCUUUGAAAGCCGCCGGUUACAGCGGUCCAGUUGUCUCCGUUGACACUUUCAUUGCUGUCAUCAACAACCCAGAAUUGUGUAACUACUCAGACUACAUGGCCGUCAACGCCCAUGCUUACUUCGACAAAAACACUGCUGCCCAAGACUCCGGUAAAUGGUUGUUAGACCAAAUCCAAAGAGUCUGGACUGCUUGUGACGGUAAAAAGGAUGUUAUUGUUACUGAAUCCGGCUGGCCAUCAAAGGGUGAAACCUACGGUGUUGCCGUCCCAUCUAAGGAAAACCAAAAGGACGCUGUCUCUUCUAUCACCAGCUCCUGUGGUUCCAGCACUUUCUUAUUCACUGCCUUCAAUGACUACUGGAAGGCCGAUGGUGCUUACGGUGUUGAAAAAUACUGGGGUAUUCUAUCCAAUGAAUAA